AUGGUGGGGGAGGUGGAGGAAGGUGAAGGGAAAGGGAAGAGUGGUGGCGGUAAGUCGUCAGAGCUCGUUAUUUCAAGAAAGCAAUCUGGGGCGACGGAUUGGCUGAGUAACUUCCGCAGGGAUUUAAUGGCGGGGGCAUUGAUGGGGGGUGUGGUGCACACGAUUGUGGCUCCUCUAGAGCGGGCCAAAUUGCUGCUGCAGACCCAGGAGAGUAACAUGGCAAUUUUGACAGGUGGGCCCCAUAGGAGGUUCAAGGGGAUGGUAGAUUGCAUUGUUCGUACAGUCAGAGAAGAAGGAGUUUUCUCCCUGUGGAGAGGCAAUGGCAGCAGUGUCAUCAGAUAUUACCCCUCUGUUGCCCUCAAUUUCUCUUUCAAGGAUCUCUACCGGAACAUUCUCCGCGGCUACUCAAAAGAAGUUGGCUUUUUAUCUGGUCCAUCUGCCAAUUUCCUUGCGGGGUCCGCAGCUGGUUGCACGACAUUAAUCAUCAUCUAUCCACUUGAUAUUGCCCAUACACGCCUUGCUGCCGACCUUGGAAGAACCGAGGCUCGCCAAUUCAGGGGCAUACGUCACUUCCUGCGUACCAUACGUGAGAAAAAUGGAAUUCCAGGGAUUUACAGUGGACUUCCUGCCUCUCUGCAGGGAAUAGUUGUACAUCGUGGCCUGUAUUUUGGUGGUUUUGAUACCAUAAAAGAGAGGAUGUCAGAAAAAUCCGAGCUAGAUGUUACAUUGUGGAAGCGUUGGGUUGUGGCUCAGGCGGUUACGACAUCUGCUGGAUUGAUAUCUUAUCCAUUAGAUACUGUUAGAAGGCGGAUGAUGAUGCAGUCAGGCUUAGAACAGCCAAUGUACCAUAGCACAUUGGAUUGUUGGAGGAAGAUAUACAAGAUGGAGGGUUUAUCCUCAUUUUAUCGUGGAGCACUGUCGAAUAUAUUUAGGAGUACAGGUGCAGCAGCUGUUUUGGUUUUGUACGACGAGGUCAAGAAGACUUUGGAUUGGAGCAGAUUAUAG